AUGGCGGUAAAAGGUCAUGGUAUGGAGGUAAAAGAUCACGGUAUGGAGGUAAAGGGUCAUGGUAUGGAGGUAAAAGGUCACGAUAUGGAGGUAAAAGGUCACGGUUUGGAGGAAAAAGGUCAUGGUUUGGAGGAAAAAGGUCAUGGUAUGGCGGUAAAAGGUCAUGGUAUGGCGGUAAAAGGUCAUGGUAUGGAGGUGAAAGGUCACGGUAUGGAGGUAAAAGGUCACGGUAUGGAGGUAAAAGGUCACGAUAUGGAGGUAAAAGGUCACGGUUUGGAGGCAAAAGGUCACGGUAUGGCGGUAAAUGGUCACGAUAUGGAGGUAAAAGGUCAUGGUAUGGAGGUAAAAGGUAAUGGUAUGGCGGUAAAAGGUCACGAUAUGGAGGUUAAAGGUCAUGGUAUGGAGGUAAACGGUCAUGGUAUGGAGGUAAAAGGUCACGAUAUGGAGGUAAAAGGUCAUGAUAUGGUGGUAAAAGGUCAUGGUAUGGCGAUACAAUGUCAUGGUAUGGAGGUAAAAGGUCAUGGUAUGGAGAUAAAAGGUCAUGGUAUGAAGGUAAAAGGUCACGAUAUGGAGGUAAAAGGUCAUGAUAUGAAGGUAAAAGGUCAUGGUAUGAAGGUAAAAGGUCACGAUAUGGAGUUAAAAGGUCAAUGGUAUGGAGGUAAAAGGUCAUGGUAUGGCGGUACAAUGUCAUGGUAUGGAGGUAAAAGGUCAAGAUAUGGAGGUAUUGUUUUCCUAAAUUGGUGA